AUGCUCAAAUUUCAGGCCUACUCGAACAAUGUGAUUGAAGUGUUACAAACAAUCGGAAAUAACGCGGUUGCUCACACAUCAAUCCUAGGAGAUCGUGCAAUUGAUAUUGCCAUUUCGAAUAUUGAUGAAUAUUUGCAAAUGUUGAAAAAUAUUCGGAAUGAAGCCAAUAAUACGUAAGAAGAAGAUUUUUUGGGGGAAAAAAUUUCUGAAAAAAUUUUUUCAGACAAAUUGCGAAUCCCACGGUGUCUCCUCAACAUUUCAAUGAUUCAAUGCUGAUUCAUCGGACUCGUCUUUCGAGGUAAAUUGAGAAAGUUAGGGGAACUUUGGCGGUAAUAUGAGCAAUAUCUAAAUUCCCUGGGGCUCUAGUUACUGGAAUUCAAAUUUGUUGAAAAACUGAGCUCAAAAAAUUCACUGUUUCAAAAAUUUUAUAAUUAUUUUUUUUCAUAAUUUUUUUUCAAUUUCUCCUUUUUGAACACGAAAAAAAUUAAGUAAGAAUUAUUCAAAUCUAGACCUUCAUUUUUGGAAAAAAAAACUUUCACUGUUUCAAAAUAUGUCUAAUUUUUCCAUGAUUUUUGAAUGACCACAGAAAAAAAAUAGCAAAAUUUUGACACCAAAAAAUUUCACUGUUUCAAAAAUUUCAUAAUUAUUUUUUUUUCCUAAUUUUUUUCAAUCUUUAUUUGAUUGGUAAUAUUCACAAAAAAUAUGUAGACCUUCAUUUUUUUUCAGAAAAAAACCUUCAAAAAAAUUCACUGUUUCAAAAAUUUCAUAAUUUUUUCUUUUUCUAAAUUUUUUUCAAUUCUUAAAUGUGUAAUUUUACGAAAAAAAAUUCAUUUUUUAAUUUGGAAAAAAAAAUCUUCCAAAAAAUUUCACUGUUUCAGAAAUUUCAUAAUUAUUUUUUUUCUAAUUUUUUUCAAUCUUUAUUUGAUUGGUAAAAUUAUUUGAUUGGUAAAUAUGUAGACCUUCAUUUUUGGAAAAAAAAACCUUCCAAAAAAAUUCACUGUUUCAAAAUUGUGCCUAAUUUUUCCAUAAUCGUUCAAAUAUGCUAAUACUGAUGAACUCCAAAUUAAUUCAAAUUUUGGCGCGAAAAAUCCACGUGGCAAACCCAAAUCCAUCUCCUCAUUUUUUUCCAGAUCCUCAAAAUCCCGUCUGAAUGUAAUGCGAACCUCACCCGAAAAUCAUCAAAAUUGUCGUCAAACUUUGCAAUUUUCACCAAUGGAAAUCGAUCGAAACGCCACAAUGAUUCAUGUAACACCAGUUUCGGUAACUUUAUCCAUUUUCAGAAUUUAAAAAAAUAAAAAAGUGAUUUUUUCAGGCCCACGAACAAUCCACUUUGAUUGAUCCAACUAUUGCGAUGGAUGAGAGCACGGUAUGUUAGUAAAAAAAUCAACAAAAAAAUUAUUAUGAAAUUUUUGAAACAGUGAAAAUUUCUGGAAGAUUAUUUAGGAAAUUUCUUCAAAAUCCACGUGGCAAAAUUUUUUUGGGAAAAUCUAGUGACGUGGCAAGUAGUUUACUACACCAAACCGCAAGACUUGAAAUUAUGCAAUUUUUGAAACAGUGAAAUUUUGUUGAAUAUAUUUUUUUCAAAGAAACUUUUGCCACGUGGUUUUUUCGCUCCAGAAUUUGAAAAAAAAUAUCAAAUUUUUUGAAACAGUGAAAUUUUUCAGUGAUUUUUUUUGAAAAUCUUUGAAAUUUGAAAAAUUGUUGAAUUUUCAAACAUUCAAAAUCCACGUGACAAAAUUUUCAAAAUUUCGAAUUUUGAAACUCUUCCGAUUGAGAAAAAUCAAAAAAAAAAAUAAUUUAUCAAUUUUUGAAACAGUGAAAUUUUUCAGUGAUUUUUUUUUGAAAAUCUUUGAAAUUUGGGAAACUUUUUGAAUUUUCAAAUAUUCAAAAUCCACGUGGCAAAAAUUUCCAAAAUUUCGAAUUUUAAGAUCGAAUAAGCGACUUGUUGAUUGAGCAAAAAAAAAUAACAAAAAAAAUAAUUUAUGAAAUUUUUGAAACAGUGAAAUUUUGUUGAAUAUAUUUUUUCUACCGCCAAAAAACCUGAAUUCAAUUUUUUUCAUUCCAGAAUGAACGUGGAUUCCUGGCUGAUGUUAGUUCGCUGAAUGGAACUGUUAGAUCCAGGCAACCCAGCUUCAACUUCGAUUCGAUUUCUCCAGUUCGACGUGGAUUUGAAUUUGAGCAUGAAGCUCCGAUUUUUACUGAAAUGUAGGGUUUUUGCCACGUCAUAACUCAUCCUGAAGCUUCCAGAAUUCUAAUUUCAGGCUUCGAAAUCAUGCUGGAAAAGAUCAGAGUAUUAUUGUGAUUGAGCAAACACCGUGAGCAUAUCCAGAUUUUUUUCAGCUCUGAAAAUAUCGAUUUUUCCAGAAAACCGCGGAGCAAAUUGAUCGAUGAGACACCGAAGAAUUUGUGGAAUGUGAAACUUCGCACGGGAAGCAAUCGAAAAAUAUCGGAAGAGAUUCGGAGAGAAAUUCAGAGACAAUUGGAUGAAUGA